UCGUUUCGCGUCACACAGCAUUUGUCGCAUCUAACGACAAGUGCAGCACAUUUUCCACUCAGCGGAUAGAGGAAAAGUGAAAAACAGUAGGAGACAGUAAGCAGGAGCAGCAAACAAAAACCACAAGUGGUGGUCUGCGUUGCUCAAAAGUUCAGUCAGCAAGCCUUAUGGCAGUAUUCGACAAUGGAAAUGGCGGCGCUAAUUGAGUUGUUGUUAUUACCAGUGAUGUCGUGCAAGGGCGAAACAACAACAAGAACAACAAAAACACCAUCAACAAGAGCAACGGGAGCGAGCGCAACUGCCUGAAGCAGCAACAAAAACACCCACACCAACGCAACCAAGGCAUUUUUGGCGAGCACUGACACACGAACACGCACGCAGAGCAAUCAAGGAGAGUAGGAGAGAGAGAGAGUGAGAGCGAGCGCAAGAGAACGGCAAUAUGGAAGACCUCUUUUUACUGGUAAUCAAGGAAUCAACGGGCACCAAGCACAAUGCGCUGCGGCAAACGGCGCAAAUCGCUUACGAUAAGCUGUACCGGCAACAUGGCAUCCAUCGGGAUCCGUCGCACGAGCUGCGCUCCGUUUGCUUUACCGCUUUGCAGAUGGCGCUGGACACCAAGCGGCCCAAGUUCAUCACGAUGGGACUCAAUGGCCUUCACCGCGUCAUUAAGGAUGAACGCUUCUACAUCGGUCUGGAGCCGGAGGACGACUCUGUAUGGCUGCCCUCCCAGCUGCUGCGAGCCACCAACGGCAUCCUGCCAUCGACGAGCAGCGAGGAUACCGUAGUAAAUGUGCUGCGCCUUUUCCUGGCCAUGGCCUGUUCUCCGGCCUGCACUCUGAAUGGCCGACUGCUCAUCGAGAUCCUGUCCCGUUGCGGCGAAUGCUGGGAGAUGGGCUCGCGGGCCACCAAGGCUGCCUCGCUGGCCGCCGCCUCCCAAUGCCUGCGUACCUUUUGCGCCUUCCUCAUCGAGGAGGCCGAGGAGGUAAAGAAGACUGCGCCCGCCGGUCUGAUGACCCAAACACAGGCCUCUGCCGUCUACAACGAGGUGAUACCCGUGAUGCAGUGGCUUUGCAGUCGCCUGGUAGAGCCUAAUGUGAAUGCCUCACCGAACAAGAAGUGCGAGAACCAUAGCUCCCUAUACCUCACCGAGUGCAUCCUCACCCUGAGCUCGGCCCUGCCACGAAACGUGCACGCGAAUCCGCACUUCACCUCCUUUCUCUGGCAGAAGUUCUGCCCCACGCUUGCAGCAGCACUAGGAUCACCCGGAAGGAUUAAUCUAGACAAGAAGUUUACAUACAAGGACGCCCUGCACAUGAUCGAGAACGAGGCACGUGGCUUUUUCACGGGCCCAGGAUUAGAUGGACCUCAGGCCCGUUGCGUAUACUUGACCGCUAUCCAGCUACUGCGAAUUGCCGGCGCCCACGGCUCCCUGCGUCCCAUGUUGGAAGCACUGUUUCAUCGAAUGCUUCUACUUCCGGCGCCACAGAAUCGCACAGAGCCACUGCGCUGCGUGAGGGAGAUCUUCAAGAGUCCUGAGCGUCUGAUCGAUCUAGCCGUUAUCCUUUAUGUGGACAAGAAUACGGCCCAAGGCUGUAGCGAUGAGAUGGCGCUGUUCCGGCUUUUGGUGGACGCCAUGGAGGAGUGUGCCUACGGAGCCAAUGGAGUGGGCACAGCCACAGAAGCCAGCCUACAGGCGAGUGUAGAAUGCAUGGUGGCCCUGCUGGACAGCCUGCAGGUGCUCUGCAGCGGCGAACUGACCGAGUCGAUGAUCAGCGAUCAGAUUGUCCAGGUGGUUAAUGGACGGCAUGAGCUGCUGAAGGAUGCAGACUACUCCGGCCCGCUGACCUACCAGAGCAUGGCCCGGCUGCCGGCGCCAUAUCGGGACGCCAUCGUGGAGUUCCGGCAGAAUGUGUUCGAAACGUCGUCGGGAUCUGAGAGUGAGGGUGAGCCACCCCAUGAGCAGGAUGCGGCCUCGAAUGGUUCCGGGGACACCGAGGGACCCGAGGACGAUGAUCCGAGCAGCUCAAGCGACGAGACGUCGCGUGUGGAAAACCGCUGGCCAUACUCGCACCUGGAGGCUCCCGUGAUGCCCAUACGGACGGACAGCGACAAUGACCGGCAGCAUGCCCGGGACUUUGCGAGGGCAUUGCGGCAGGAUCUAGUGCCGAAGCUACUGCGCCUGCGCAGCUGUGUGGAGCUGGACGAGGCGAUGCAGGAGUUCGCAUCGGCCGUGUGCCAGGAGAACAGCAUGAACUUCUCGGACUUUGACUACAAUCUGACCGCCAUUAAUGCAGAUGGCAUUUACUUGGCCAUUUACUCAUCGCUGCUGCUCAGCCUGCAGCUAAUGCGGGCGGGAUACUACGAGCAGGUGGCCCAAGGAGCUUCGCACAAGGAUAUCCUGGUGCCCAUGUCAGAGCAGCAGUUCGUGACCUCUGUGCAGAAUACGGGGGUCCUCGUCUACCUCUCCUCUUCAUGGCUGUGCGAACUGUAUCAAUCGGUGACGGUGUGCAACGUCCUGGAAGCCAUGCCACGCCAACAGCUCGAGGGUAUGGGUCCACGCUGCGCUCUCGUGGACAUGCUGUGCGAUGCGGGUGGACUGGGCGCCACCCAGAUGCUCUCGGAGUGGCAACGAUUGCAAACGGCCAACGUGAAACACAAGGAGGAGGAACAGUUGCACGACAAGCGCCGUGAGGCAGCCAAGAAGCUAUGCCGUCGCCUGCUCACCUGCUGCUGGGACUCAAUGGUCAUCGUGCUCAGUUCAGGAUUGGGCGAUCUGCAGACUAGCUCCGCCUCCAACAAGCUGGUGGCUCUGUCCAAGCGUACACUGCGGGUGAAGGCCAAGGCCAACAAGUCGAAUGGUGAGGCCCUGUACGCCAUGUGCCUGGAUGGACUGCAUUCGGCGGCCACACUCAGCAACAGCCUUAAUCUGCAGCAUUUGGCCGGCAAGAUACUCAAUCUGUUGGCCUCGAAUGUCUGUCAAACUUCCGGACCCCGCAUAUCCGCCAGCCAGGCCAUGUCCAUGGACGUGGUUCUCACAGGCGGCCUAAAUCUGGGUAGCUACAGCGCCGACUGCUGGCCAAGCAUCUUUGCCGUCUGCCGCCAUGUCAGCCAGCUGGAACACGAGAUCUUUAGCAUGCAGAAUCCGGCCAUAUCGGCUUCACCGGGCAGCAGUCGCCGGGACUUGGAGACGGGCGAGAAGCUAAGCAAUGGCAAUGCCCAGGACAAGCUCAACCUCUCGUCCAUACCCAUUGACGAUGAUGAGACCUGCGUGGACGUUUAUAGCUUCCUUCAGGCGCCGAUGCAGAGCCCCAACACGAACAUUACCUCCAUUCUGAAGGUCUACUCCGGCACCAAUGAGACGGUCCUACUUAGCCAGAGCGACACCUCCAAGGUUCUGUGCGCCCUGUCUCACCAGGCGGAGAAUCUGUUUGGUGACGCCGCUGAGCGUCUCAGCUUGCCGUCGUUGUGCCAGUUCCUUAAGCACCUGUGUCGUGCCUCCCGAGAGCAGUUGUAUAAGAGCCAGGUAGCUCGCAAGGGCAGCCGCAUCUGGUGGCCCAGCAAGGGUUGGAAGAAGCUCGACUCUCUACCCAUGUCGCUGCUCCUCCAUCGCAUUGGCGAUGUCACGCUCAAGGUAUUUCGCAGCUCUCGCCCGCUGCUGCACGUGCUCAAGGUCUGGGCCAUUACGGGACCGCAUCUGAUGGAUGCCGCCUGCCAUCGCGAUAGGAUGAUCUCAAAGCGAGCAAUCGAGUACAUCCACGACAUCAUCACGGCACUGCUGGUGGAGCAGUCAGAACUGCCUUAUUUUCAUUUCAAUGAGGCGCUGUUGAAGCCAUUCGAGAAUCUGCUGAGCAUGGACACGGAUGUGGACGUGCAGGAUCAGAUUGUGGCCUGUUUAUACGAGGUGGUGGAGGCUCACCGCACCGAGAUUCGCUCCGGUUGGCGGCCACUCUUCGGAACACUGCGCAAUGCCCGAAGCCGGAUGCUGAAUAUGAGCAACAUCAUCGAUAUCUUUCGGGUGUUCCUUGACUCUGACAAUACGCUGGUCUUCGCCAAUGCUGGCUUAGACUGCAUCCUGUGCCUGCUCUCUUACCUGGAGAUCUCUGGCGGUGGCAAUAACAAUGCCUGCUCCAAUGGAUCUAGUGGAUCAGCAGGGAAUGGAACAACUGGAAGUGGCUCUAAUCAGCAGCAGCAGCAAGAGGAGGACAACACAUUCCGUCCCACGGACUUUCUGCACGAGACGUUGCGCUUCCUGGAGCGAUGCUCUAGUAUUUUGGGCUUCAUGCACAGCAUGCCCAAGUGCCCCAACUUUCACUCAACGUACAAGAUCAAGGGCAUCUCAUAUACGCACAUCAUCGACGCCAACAUACCCAGUUCGAUGGAGAACUUUACGUAUUUCGGCAAUGACUAUCUGCAGACGCGGAACGAGCAGUACAUGAUCUCCUACCGGUCGCUGCAUAUUGACAAGGACACCAUCGUCAAGAUCGAUGAGAUGGACAAGCCGUCGGGAGUGCUUAAGGUGUGGUUCCUGCUACUGGACGGGCUGACGAACUCGCUGAUCGUCUGUCCCUACUCCCACCAGGCGCCAAUCCUACAAACGAUCUUCAAGCUAUUCAAGAACCUGCUGGCCAGCCCAGGCAUUGACUUUGGCUUCUACUGCAUCAACCAUCUGUUGAUACCGAUGAUCCAAGACUGGCUACGAUACAUCAACAAGACAGGUGCCUCCUGGCAGUUAGUGGAGAAGAACUUCAAGCACUGCUGCUGCAUGACCACCGACCUGGUGGUGGAAUUUAUCGAGAAGUCGGUACCAGAGCAGCGGCGUCUGGGAGCAGGCACGAAGACGCGACUGGCGCAGAUUGUUCAUCCGGCGGAUAAUCUUCUGUACUCGAAGCUAAAGUUCGUAACGGAGCGGAUCGAGCGGGAGCAACAGCAACUGCACUCUCCAGUUGUCCAGGAACAUCAUCAGCAGGGCUAUGGGCAGCAGUACGAUAGCAGCUCCAGUUCUGCCAGCGAGGAGCAGCAGAAAAGCGGAGCGGCAGGAGGCGUUAACGGUGGUGGCGGUACCAAUCUCAUCGAGUCGCCCACAAAAAUUUCGGGUUCAGCGACGCUGGCCCUGAAACAGCUGCUUCUGGUCCUGAUCGAGUGUGCGGCACAGUCACAGGAGGCCAUUGCUAGGAUCUCAGUGUCCUGCCUUAAGCAUGUGAUCCUCUCCACGGGCAUGCUCUUCAAUGAGUCGCAGUGGAUGAUUGCCUGCUCGGCCAUCCAUCGGGCCUGCACAGUGACAAUAGCCCCACUGCGCCAGCUCUCGUUCGCUUUCCAUGAGAAGUCCAACAGUUUCUACGGUGACUGUGCCAACGUUAAGGUGGCCGCCCGACGAGACAGCAGCCUGGAGGAGUUGGCCCGUAUUUAUGCGCUGGCGCAGCAGGUGUUUCUUUCGGACAAUCAACGGGAGCCGGGUCAGGGCCAGACGCCAAUGCCCAGUGCCUCGCAGUGCAAACUGUCGGACGACAGGAGUUACUCCUUCCUGCUCUACCCUUUGAACAAUGGCUUUAACUCGAACUUGGACAACUUUGUCAUCCGGAUACCGUUCAAGAAUUUGGUGGUUGGCCUGCUGGCCAACCAAAUGCUGCUCCAGCUGGUGGCCAAGCUGCUGCUGUCGCGGCUUAAGUGCGUGCCGCAGGCUGUGUCCACCUGCAUCUUCGACAAUUACGCAGCCUCCGCUGCUACGCCCAGCCACGACUACGACCUGGACUUCCGCUCCAAAGAGAUCCUGCUGCGCUGUGUCAAGCAGUACCUGAUGUCCGCCCUGGAGUUCGACUCACGGCCCGGCCUGAAGUUCCUCAUGCAGAAGGUAUCGAACAUCGAGUACGCUGCUAAUCUCUACAAACAGAUGACCUCCUCGUGGAUGAUCUACUAUAUAGCGCUGGUGGAUUCGCAUCUCAAUGAUAUUGUGGUGUACAAUUUGGGUCCGGAGGACCUCAACUUUAUCCUAGAGUCCUGCUCACGGCUGAAUACAACCACGGUGAAGAAGAAGGAGAACUUUGUGAGGUAUUUAUUUUGCCUGCAGGAUGCCUGGAAUCUUGUGUGUGAGCUCUACCUGAGCAACUCGGCACUGCAUGACAUCGAGACUGGUUCCGGCAAGCUGCGUCACAAGCCGCCGCCACUGCACCAUCAUCCGCAGAGCAAGCCCAUGUGCAUCUCGCUCAAUGGCAAUGGCGAUGCUGAAAUGACCGAUACGGGCUCCGGUUCGGGUUCGGGUUCCGGUUCCUGCAGCAAUCCCUCUCCCAGCAAGUGCGUCCAGCUGCAGGAGGAGGAGAACGUGACGAUGACGACGCUUAUCAGUGAAUUCCAGCCCAAGUGCCGUAGCAAUCCGUUCGACACGAACCGGCAGGCCAAGUCCUCGGAGGCGGAAUCCAUAUCGCCGGAAAUUGAACAGCAGCGGGCGAGUAGCAUACUGAAGGACUCCAACUACAAGAGAGCCGCCCUUGCUCAGUUGGUGGUGGCGUCCAUGGAGCUGCUGCGGUCGCUGCCCGGCGAGGCCGAGGAGAACCUGAAGCUUCUGAUGACGCCCACCAUUCGGGAGGCCUUCCGCCUCGUCCAGCUGCAGGGCAACGAGCUGAAGGUCAAUCAGUUUUAGGCCAUGCUUGUUGAGUUUUAUUUUGAUCUGUAGGCGCAGCCCCUGCCCCUACCAAAGGAUCCCGUCCUCCCCUCCAGAAGUUCCCGAAGUUCCUGAAAUUGAACCCGAAACCCGUGAAUUCCUCUCCUCCUCCUCCUCCUGGCUAAUUUACAGCUACGUCUGCAUCUCAUGCUCUCUCUGUUUCACUCUCAGUCUGUCUGUCUCUCUCCCUAUCUGCCAGUAUGUGGCCAACUUAAUAUUUAAGUGUUUAAUUUAUGAAAUUUAGUUUUGAAUUUGCCGAGUCUUGCAGAUAUGUAAACGUAUUAAAUUUUCCAAUUCAAUUAGCCAACUAUUAUCUUUAAAAUGUAAUCAGUAUUAAUCUUGGUAAAUAUUUGCUUUUACUAAAUCGAUGUAAGGCUAGGAUUUAAGGUGAUAUAAUAACUAAUACGAUUUAUUUGUCAUAAAUUUAAAUUCAACAAGAUCUCUUUAACUUAAAAUCGAUUCAGCUUCAGCUUAAAACGAACAUAUCAAUUAAGAUUAGCUUUGUUGUUUUGACAUUUACCUUAAGCCUGUUACAAAAUGGAUACAAUUUAAAAAAAAUGAAUUAACUUGUUAAA